AUGUUGCUGACCAAGACCCUGGAAUAUCUGUUCUAUUUGGCUUUAUUCGCCUUCAUGUGCAAAUAUGCUACGGCAGCGAGGGUUCAGGCUACGGAAGCGCCUCCAAUUAGAACGGACACCCUUAGGAAACCACAAAACGCGGAAAGUCUUCUCAAUGGCUGUGAAACUUCUUCGUUCAGUUGGAUGUGUCUCAAGAUCGAGUUCGUCAAGAUCAUGGAAAAACUUGCCGAACAGGAGGAACUUAACGUGCUGCCUGGCGUCAGUGUGGUGAAGGAUGAGAAUGCCACGGAACUCAAGACAUCGGAGCUAAUGGCAGAAGUGGCUCGCAGCUAUCCCAGUGAUCCCAGCACUCGCUUGAAUGGCUAUAUAGUAGCCAAACUGGAGAAUCUCCUGAAAACACGUUUCCUCCGAUUUCGCCUGCUGGAUGACAAGUCCCUCGUAGAAGGCCGCAAACACAAGUUCGGCAAGAAAGGAGGCUUGGAGGCCCUCGUAGCUGCCGGAGUCAUGAUGAAAGGAAUGCUGAUGGCCAUGGGAUUCGGGGCCAUCGCUCUGAUGGCCGGAAAGGCCCUGAUGACAGCUCUGAUGGCCUUGACACUGUCUGGAGUUUUAGGACUGAAAAGCUUGGCCGGUGGCGGAGGAAAGUCUACGACCUACGAAAUAGUGGCUAAGCCAAUUUACACCUCCAGCCACUCGCACUCGGUAACCCACGAGGAUGGAGGCCAUGGGCAUAGUCCCCACUUUGCCGCUGGAGGCGGUGGUGGAGGUACUGCCAGUGGUUUUGGGUACGGAGGCUAUGCCAGGUCCCUAAAUGUGGAGCAGUCUACCAACCAAAUCCAAUAAUUCUAGACCAGAGCGAACUCUUCUAAUAUAAUCUCAUAAUUUAUUUAUUUAUUGUAGUCUAAGAAAUGUUAUGCAACCAAAUGAA